AUGGCUGAACCCAUUCCCGCCGAGGAGCAAUCCAACUACGAAACAUUCCGCGACUGCAUGAGCGAUGUGGUCCUCAAAGCGCUAGCCGCGCCGACGGAGAAGCCCAAGCCGAAGAAGAAGCGCCACGCGAAGAAGGGAUCAAAGAGCGGAAAGAGCGAUAUUGCGCCGGAAGAAAAAGCCACUGCAAAUAGCAAUACAGAUUUGCAAACCAACGACGCCGAAGACCUAGGCGAAUUCAUCGAAUACCUCAGUGCCCUCAUCUUCCCCAGCCUCCCCGCCUCCCUCCGCACCCUCAGCCACACCCUCAUGACAACCACCCCUUCCCUCGAAGAAUCCUACUCGACCCCUCUCUCCGCCCAGACACGCAACCUCGUCCUCUCCAGCAUCCCCCCCGUCGCAAUCGACAGCCUAGAAUCCUACGCCCUCCUACCCCCAUCCUCGGACCAAACCGACCACCACAACCUCGUCACCCCGCUCUUCACCGCUUACAUAAACGCCGUGACUGCACCCCCGCCCAUCUGGUCCAGCACACGCACCUCGGCCUGCGAGUUGUGCGGUAGAGAUUGGGUACCGCUGACGUAUCAUCACCUCAUUCCAAAGUCUGCGCAUGCGCGCGUGCUGAAGCGCGGGUGGCAUGCAGAGGAAAUGUUGAAUAGCGUGGCGUGGUUGUGUAGGGCGUGUCAUAGUUUUGUGCAUGGGCUUGUGGGGAAUGAGGAGUUGGCGCGGGGGUUUUAUACGGUUGAGUUGAUUGUUGCGGGGGGUGUGCAUGGGGAUGGGGAGAUUAAGGAGAGGGUGGAGAGGUGGGUACGGUGGGUUGGGGGGGUGAGGUGGAAGAGUCGGUGA